UAUAUUAACACAUACAGGAAAGAGGCCAUAUCAGUGUCAAAUAUGUAGGCAGAAAUUUCGACAGAAAAUUCAUUUGAAGGUUCAUGUAAUAAUGAAACAUCGUAAAAAUAUAUGAAAAUGGAUAUUAACAGGUAUGAGAAAUAUCAGAGCAGAUGAACAGUUUAUUUUUUAUGGAACUGAAAAAACAGCAAUGGGAAUCACCAUAUAUACUUGCAUGUUUUGUAAAUACACUACUAGAUAUCUAACUCAUGUCCGUCGUCAUAUGUUGAUUCAUACUGGACAAAGGCCAUUUAAAUGCAUAGUAUGUAAUAAAUCUUUUAGGCAAAAGGAGCAUUUGAAAAGUCAUAUUGUAAUGAAACAUAAUCUAAAUUUUUGUAUGAAAAGUUCAGAUCAAAUACAUUAUUGUGCAAUUUGUAAUUAUUAUUCCAAAAAUUUGCAUCAUGUCCGCCGUCAUAUACUAACUCACACUGGAGAAAGGCCAUAUCAGUGUAAAGUCUGUGGUCACAAGUUUCGGCAAAAAGUACAUUUGAAGGGACAUAUGAUCAUGAAACAUUCUUCGCACCUUUCACAAGUUUAAUUUUUUGAGAUUUCUGAAAUAGAAGUAUAUAUUAUGAAAUAAUUUUUUAAUGACUAAACUGAUUUCUAAUAUUUUCUUGUUUUCGAUAUCCAGUUGAUUUGUGAAAAAUAUGUGCAUAUUUUUUUUUUUAUUUUGGCAGACUAAUUAUUAAACAUUUUUUGCAUAUUGUAGUUGUGCACCAAUAUUACCAUAUUUUAUUUUAAAAGUAUUGUGUCUGCGAACGUUAACCAAAACUUAAGGAUAUUCUUUUUGAUUAUCUUAAUUUCAAUCAUAAUUUUGUAAUUUUUAUUUAUAGGUAUGAUACUUUCUAAUGGUUAUUCUUGAGUCAUGGUACAUUUGUGCAUGUGGUACUAUCUAAUGGUGACUUUUAUAUUUAGAUACGUAAUUCACACUGCUUUUUAUUUUUUAAUAUUGCCUUAUAGAUCAACAUCAAUAAAAUGCAUUUAUUAGGGCU